ACGUGACUUCCUGCUCCCGGACUCCUCUCCUCAGGUCCGGACCCCAGACCAGGUCCCAGUCCUCCGGUCCGGGUCUUCGAGAGCCGAGAGCGGAACUAACGGUCCUCUGGGAGCCCUGAAGCAGCGACGUGGAGUUUACACCGGAAUACUUCAAGUAUUGUGUACUUUGUGCACUCCGACGACUGGAGCGGACCAAUCCUGCGCCUGCGCACCUGAUCCCUCCUGAAGCGUCUCCCAGAGGGGCGGAGCUAGGGGCGGAGCUAGCGCGAGGACAACAUGCCGUCCUCCAAGUCUGAAGCUCCAGUGACUCAGUUCACCAGGUGUCGAGUCCUGAGGGAGCACCGGCUGCAGAGAGAGGACUUGUGGGUGCGUGAUGGGAGGAUUUUAGACCCUGAGAAGUUGUUCUUUGAUGAACAAGGAUACGCAGAUGAACGAGUCGACUGUGAAGGCAGCAUCAUCGCCCCGGGGUUCAUCGACGUGCAGAUCAAUGGAGGAUACGGCGUGGACUUCUCUCAGCCCUCGGAGGACGUGAGCAGUGGCUUGUCCUUCGUGUCCCAGAAGGUCCUCCAGCACGGAGUGACGUCCUUCUGUCCCACGCUGGUCACGUCCCCCCCAUCCGUCUACCACAAGGUUCUUCCGCAGGUCAAAGUUCACGGCGGAGGCCCUCAGGGCGCCGGCGUCCUCGGCGUCCACCUGGAGGGCCCGUUCAUCAGCGUGCAGAAGAAGGGGGCCCACCCGGAGCGGUUCCUGAGGACCUUCCAGUCCGGGGGCAUCCAGGACCUGAUGGAGGUCUACGGCAGCCUGGACCACGUCGCCAUGGUGACGCUGGCUCCGGAGCUGGCCGGCAGCCAAUCGGUGGUGAGGGAGCUCAGCCAGAGGGGCGUGACCGUGUCUCUGGGUCACUCCGUGGCCAACCUGUCCCAGGCGGAGGACGCCGUCCACCAGGGGGCGACCUUCAUCACGCACCUGUUCAACGCCAUGCUGCCCUUCCACCACAGGGACCCUGGUAUCGUGGGCCUGCUCACCAGUGACCAGAUCCCUGCUGGCCGGACGGUGUAUUACGGCAUGAUCGCCGACGGCAUCCACACCAACCCGGCCGCCCUGCGCAUCGCCCACCGGGCGCACCCUGGAGGCUUGGUGCUGGUGACGGACGCCAUCGCGGCGAUGGGUCUCCCUCCAGGCCGCCACACGCUGGGCCAGCAGGUCAUUGAGAUCCAGGGUCUCCACGCCUACGUGGCAGGAACCCGGACGCUGAGCGGCAGCAUCGCCCCGAUGGACAUGUGCGUUCGCCACUUCCAACGCGCCGCCGGCUGCAGCCUAGAAGAAGCUCUGGAGGCAGCGUCGCUGCACCCGGCUCAGCUGCUGGGCCUCACCGAGCAGAAAGGAACCCUGGACUUUGGUUCUGAUGCAGACCUGGUUCUGCUCGAUGACGCCCUCAACGUCAAAGCCACCUUCAUCUCUGGAGAGGAGGUCUGGAGAAAAGCGCCAUAGGAGGAGGGGG